AUGCCGAUGAUAUCCUUCUCCAAUUUGGUGUUUCGCAAUCCCAAUCUCAAUCCUUACCUUACCACAUUCACACGUCAAAAACACUCUCUUCCCAUUCCCUUCACCACCUUCCUCCAUCACCUCAAAUCUCCACCAAAUCUUCUCCAAACCAAAAAACUCCACGCUCUUCUUCUCAUCCAUGGUUUCUUCCACCCAUCUUCACCACACACUCCUCUUUGCUCACACCUUGUCAAUGCUUACGUUAACUUUGGUUCCCACCAUUACGCUUUUCUCUUCUUCUCUCAACUCCCCCACAAAUCCAACCUUGCUUGGAACGCAAUUCUCAGAGCUCUUAUUGGCUCUAACAACUUCACUCUUUCCAUUCAGUUUUAUCACUCUAUGCUUAGACAUGGUUUUGCACCAGAUAAUUACACAUACCCACUUGUGCUAAAAGCUUGUUCUUCGUUGCAAGCUAUUGAAAUUGGAAGAUGGGUUUAUCAUAAUAUUCUGAUUAAUGAGGAAAAGGCUAAUCUUUUUGUCCAGUGUGCUUUGAUUGAUAUGUUUGUAAAAUGUGAAAGUUUGGAAGAUGCGCGUAAGGUGUUUGAUGAAAUGAAUGUGAGAGAUUUGGCGACUUGGACUGCGUUGAUUUGUGGGAAUGUGUGGAAUGGUGAAUGGGAUGAAGCGGUUUUGUUGUUUAGGAAGAUGAGAUUGGAAGGUUUGAAGGCUGAUUCGGUUAUUGUGGCGUCUGUGUUGCCGGUUUGUGGGAGAUUAAUGGAGGGUUUGAAAUUGGGGAUGGCAAUGCACGGUUGUGCAUUGAGGAGUGGUUUUGAUAGUGAUUUGUAUGUUUCAAAUGCUAUCAUUGAUAUGUAUUGUAAAUGUGGUUAUCCAGAUGAGGCUUGUCUUGUAUUUAGUUAUAUGGUUUUUAGGGAUAUUGUUUCUUGGAGUACUUUGAUUGCUGGCUACUCACAAAAUGGCAUGUAUAAAGAGAGCUUUGAACUGUAUGUUAGAAUGGUGAAUAUGGGUUUAACAACUAAUGAGAUUGUCGUUUCUACUGUUCUUCCUGCUUUGGGAAAACUAAAGUUGUUCAAACAGGGGAAGGAAAUGCAUAACUUUGUUCUCAAACAAGGACUUUUAACGGAUGUAGUUGUAGGAAGCGCUUUGGUUGAUAUGUAUGCUAAUUGUGGGUCAAUCAAGGAAGCAGAGUCAAUAUUUAGGAACAUGUUAGAUAUGGAUAUCAUGGUAUGGAAUUCACUAAUUGCUGGGUAUAAUCUAGUUGGUGAUUUUCAGUCAGCAUUUUUUACCUUUAGAGAAAUUUGGGUAGCAGAGCAUAGGCCAAAUCAUAUAACUUUAGUGAGUGUUCUUCCUAUAUGCACCCAAAUAGGAGCUCUAAGACAAGGAAAGGAAAUCCAUUGUUAUGCAACCAGAAGUGGUCUGGGAUUAAAUAUUUCUGUUGGCAAUUCUCUAAUAGAUAUGUACAGUAAAUGUGGAUUUCUAGAACUCGGAGUGAAGGUCUUUAAUCAGAUGAUGGUAAAGAAUACCAUAACAUAUAAUACUAUGAUAUCUGCUUGUGGAGCUCAUGGCCUAGGAGAAAAGGGUUUGAAAUUUUACGAGCAAAUGAAUGAAGCAGGAAUGAAACCAAAUAAAGUCACUUUUAUUUCGCUGUUAUCCGCAUGUAGUCAUGCAGGUCUUGUUGACAGAGGUUGGCUGUUGUAUAAUUCAAUGGUUAAUGAUUAUGGUAUUAAGCCAGAUAUGGAGCACUACUCGUGUAUGGUGGAUCUCAUUGGAAGAACAGGGGAUCUUGAUGGUGCAUACAAGUUCAUCACAACCAUGCCUGUGACACCAGAUGCGAAUGUUUUGGGAAGCUUACUUGGUGCGUGCCGACUUCACAACAAAGUGGAACUAGCUGAUCAGCUCACUGCAGAACAUAUUUUCCAAUUAAAUACUGAGGAUUCAGGCCACUAUGUUCUUCUAUCAAAUUUAUAUGCCUCUGGGAAACGAUGGGAAGACAUGUCAAAAGUGAGAAGCUUGAUAAAGGAUAAAGGGUUGGAGAAAAAACCAGGAAGUAGCUGGAUUCAGGUGGGCCACAGCAUUUUUGUCUUCCAUGCUACGAGUAUCUUUUAUCCGGAACUGGCUAAGAUUGAAGAAACUCUGGAUAGCUUAUUCUUGGUGAUGAAAAAUGAAGAUUAUAUACUGGCUAAUCUGGGAUUUUGUUCCCAUGUUAAUGACCCAAUUUUAACUUAA